AUGACGGGCGAAAGUAUAAAUGGAAAGGAAAGAAUAAAUACAUUUUUAGAAACAAAUGAAAACCAAACUUUAGAAACUAAAAAAACUAAUAUCCCUUUGGAAGAAAAUACCAAAGAAAUAUCUGCUAAUACUCAUAUUAAAAGUUAUGACGAUACAAAUAAAGAUAUAAAUAAUGAUAACGCACCAACCAUUAUUUCUAAACAAAGUAUCCAUAAAAGUGACAAAACAAAUUAUGAUGAUAAAGUAGGAAGCAUAGAAGAUAAAAUAAUAAAAAGCUACUUAAGCAAGCAAGCGAAUAGUUUUGGAAUAAAUAUAUCCGGAAAAAAUGAAUCUUUUAAUGUAGUAGAUACUAGUAGUAGUGAUGCAGAUAGUACACCAUUGUUAGAUAUAUUCAAAAAAGAAGAAUUACUAAAAAAACGAAAAUCUUCGAAAUUAAGUUUGAGAAAAAAAGAAGAAAUAAAACACUCAAAACAAAUUUGUGACAGUGAAAUAUCUGAAAAUAACAAAGCAGGAAAUAAAGACAAGAAUAAUAAAUUUCGCAUUGAUUUAAAUUCUAGUAAAAACAAAGAAUGCGAUAAUAACAAUUUUAUAAAAGAACAAUCUGAAAAUAUUAUAAGCAGUGACGAUGAACUUUUAAUUAACAUAAUAAAAGAUGAACAUCAUAAAAAUGAUAAAUAUUCUAAAAACAAAUUUAAUAGAAAUAAAAAAGAAGAUGAUAUUUCAUCUUGCGGCACAUCUGAUUAUGAUUCGGAUGCAGUCCUAAUAGUUAAAAGUAAAAAAAAAGGCAACGAUAAAUUUGUUCAUAAUAAUAAUGUAGGCAAUAAAAAAAAUAUAGUUAGUACAAAGAAUGCCAAACUUGUAGCAUUAAAAUUUAAUAAUAUUGCAAAAAAUGUAGCAAAAAAUAAAACAAAAAAUAAAACAAAAAAUGUAGCAAAAAAUAAAACAAAAAAUAAAACAAAAAAUGUAGCAAAAAAUAAAACAAAAAAUAAAAAAACUACGAUAAAAAAUAUAGGCAAACUUGGCAAAAAUGCAAACAAUACUGUCAAGAAACAAACAAAUAAAAAUAUUGAAAAAAAAAAAAAAAAAAUACAAAAAAAAACUAAAAAUUAUGAAAAUGAUGAUAUAGAAACUGAUUCUAUUAUUAUAGGUUCAUUCGAUCCAAGGAAUCGAUCUCCUAAGGAAAAGCUUGUAGCACAAUUGCUAACAAGAUGGUGGUAUGUAUUACCUGAUUGGCCAAUACCAUAUUAUGAUUACACCACCGAAUUAGAAAAUAAAAAAUUAAAAUUAGUAUCCUUAGAAGAAUUUGAAGAUCAUGAAGAUAUAGACAAACAUGGAUUCAAGAAAGUUUAUGAAAUAUCAGCAUUUCCAGGUGUUUUUAGAGACUCUUUAGGCACUGCCUAUGAUUUAAGAGAUAAAGAAACAUGUCCUUGCUAUAACAAUUUUAUAAAAAAAACUGAUUUAGAAUUAUUACAAUUAAUAUGUGCAGCUAUUAAAAAUCAAAUUAUCUGUUUAAAAAAUUCAGUAUAUAACGAAACAUAUAAAGAAGUAAUUCUCGAAAAAGAAUUAAAAGAAGCAGAAUCCAAACUCAGAAAAGUUAUGGAUAAAAAUAACAAAAUUGCAGAAUAA